UUUAACCUCGGUGGUGUACCGAAGUCAGCGCCGUUAGAUCAGGACACCACAUCCCCAGAGAAAUAAAUAUCGAGGAUGGCUACAUUAAUUCGCAUCAAGCGCCGAUUUUCUGAGGAACCGUCGCCUGCUAUCGUUGUGGAGUCUAAACGGUUGCGGACUGAGUGCACAGCUGCUGAUGACUCUAAAAAUGCUGUGCCGACUAUUCUGAAGAGAGUUGCAACUGUAAAUUCAAAGGAUGAACUUCUGAAACCAGAACUGCUGAAGACCAUAGAAAAGGAAUAUAAGAAAGGAUGGGAGUUACGAGAGCAGUACAAAAAACUGGGUAAACCCGGGUCAUAUCGGGAUACUGCCAAGCUUGAAGCCAAAGAGAGGAUCAAGAACAAGCGAUAUAUGGUCCUUGUUAAAUACCGAGGAAAUGUGGAUGAUGGCGAGCCAGAAGAAGUUAAAGAGGAGAAAGUGAUGCAGGAUAAGAAGGAAGACGUCCAUGAAGCCGAUGAGACUGAAGUAGUGAAGUGUUCUCCAUCCCCAUCAUUCUGUGAUCAAAUCAAGUACUACGAUGCAGAGUUUCUAUCGGAAGAUAUGCCGGAUGUGAUAACCUGUAAUGGUGUACCCAUGGAGUCCGAGAAGUACGUGUAUGACAUCUUCUACUCCGUCACAGAUAUGGACUGGACAGAUUAUAUUUGUAAUGUUCAGAAAUAUGUUGCCGACUCUAGUGAUGAUGAUGAUCGUAAUAUAGAAGAUGAUGACGACGAUGAAAACGAUGAGGACAACUGGAGGAAUGACUACCCAGAGGAAGAAGAUAGCUCCAAUGAAGAUGAUGAUGAUGGCUGCCUGGAUAAGCAGUUUCGUAGAUUACAAGCACGAGAUUGUGACUCCGAUGACAGUUAUGAUGCCGAUGAAUGCGACGAAGAAAACUUCAACGAGGAGGGAGAUCUUAUCGAGUGUGGCUACAGCAGUUCUACGCUGAAACUUAGAAAGCACCUUUCGGGCAUUGUGGUACACGGCAGCAGCGACAGUGAUGAUGAUGAUGAUGACGACGACGAUGAUGACAAUUUUGAUGAUGAAGGAAAUCUUAUCGAUUGUAAAUAUAGCAGUCCUGUGCUAAAAGUUGGAAAGCACCUUUCAGAUAUUGAGAUUGAUAGUGAGGAUGAUUCAUGAACAAAGAUGAGUUUGGUUGGUUGGUUGGUUUUGUAUUCUACUUUUUUUAAGUUCAUUUCUUUCAACCUGUAUUUGAAGGUACAAUAGUUUAAUAAACAAAUUUUUUUAAAAUA